UACAGUAUACGAUAGACGCCCUUUUCUUCGUGGCGAACGAAACCCUAAUCAUCACUCCUCCUCCUCCAAUCCAUCAUCCUCCAAAUUUGAUUCUGCAAUUGUCUGUUCUUUCUUCAAAUUUGAUUCAGUUCGAUUUCUUCGUAGCCCACCAUGGAUGCUCAGCGAGCUCUGUUAGACGAACUUAUGGGAGCAGCUCGUAAUCUGACAGACGAAGAGAGAAGAGGGUUCAAGGAGGUUAAGUGGGAUGAUAGAGAGGUCUGUGCAUUCUAUAUGGUUCGAUUUUGUCCUCAUGACCUCUUCGUUAACACUCGAAGCGAUCUUGGAGCGUGCUCGAGAAUUCAUGAUCCAAAGUUGAAAGAGAGUUUCGAAAACUCUCCGAGGCAUGAUUCCUAUGUGCCUAAAUUCGAGGCUGAGCUUGCACAGUUUUGUGUGAAGUUGGUGAAUGAUCUUGAUAGGAAGGUCAGGCGUGGACGUGAACGCCUUGCACAAGAGGUUGAGCCGCCUCCACCACCUUCUCUAUCUGCAGAAAAAGCUGAACAAUUGUCUGUUUUGGAGGAAAAAGUUAAGAACCUUUUGGAACAAGUGGAAGCACUUGGUGAAGAGGGCAAAGUGGAUGAAGCUGAAGCGCUAAUGAGGAAGGUGGAAGCGCUUAAUGCUGAGAAGACAGUCUUGUUACAGCGACCAACUGAUAAGGUACUUGCUAUGGCACAAGAGAAGAAAAUGGCACUGUGUGAGGUUUGUGGAUCAUUCCUUGUGGCUAAUGAUGCUGUAGAAAGGACGCAGUCUCAUGUCACUGGAAAACAACAUGUUGGCUAUGGCUUGGUUCGGGAGUUUCUUGCUGAACAAAAAGCUGCUAAAGAUAAAGGAAAGGAAGAAGAAAAGCUAGUCAGAGGAAAAGAAGCAGAUGAUAAGCGGAAACCAAGGGAAAAGGAAAGCGAGAGUAAGAGGAGUGGGUCUAGUGAUAGAGAUAGACACCGUGAUCGGGAUCGGGACAGAGAUGGUGAUAGACACAGGGACCGUGGUAGGGAUCAUAGAAAGCCUUAUGACAGGAGAUCGAGGAGUGGGAGAGAGGGUCGUGAUCGAAGCAGGUCACGAUCUCCUCAUGGAAGGUCUGGUCACAGAAGAGUGUCAAGAAGCCCCAUUCGCCAGUACUAGUUGGAGACCCUCAUGGAAGGUCUAGCCACAGAAGGGUGUAGAAAAUCCCAUUUGCCACCACUAGUUUGAGAUAAAUGUGUUGUCGCUCUGUCUUGGGACCAAGGAACUUUGCACAUUAAUGAGCUAUUCUAAGAGUUUGAGACCUUACCCCUUCAUCGGUUAUUUGUUAAGAGGUCAAAAGCGUUGAGGUAGGUAUAACCAUAUAACCUUUACAUUUUCAUUGUAUUUCACAACGUUUGGGAUGCUAUAGCCUCUUUGAUUUCGUCGGUUGGUACCCAUUUCUAGUUUGAUAUACUUUUCUGAUUGAAAAGACUACAGAAUCGGGAAUAUUUGGCUUGAAUGACACAGAUACUAUUUGAGGUACCAAAUAUAUGACUAGAAGUCAUCCUUUUACUAGAAGUUGGUUUCAGUUUUGAGUUUGAAUAAUAAUCUUUGGCUUUGGGGUUAAAUUCAGUUUUGUUACAUUUCUUUGGAACAUUUGGUUGCAAAAUAAAGCCUUCAAUAAAGGAAUCUCUGCGAACCCAGGAAACACAUUGGAUGGGUCGGCUUGGUAUUUGAUUUGUAUCGGCUAUCGGUAGGUAAGGAAUUCUCUGGUGGGAGCAAGAACAGUUUUGAUGGUUUCUGUUGAGGUCCCAAGAACAGUUUUGGGUGUUUGUGUUGAGGUCCCAAGAACAAGGUCUGUGUUGAUGUUUUGGCCUAUCUCAAAGUUGGUUGGCCUUUGUGUAAAACCUGGAUAAACCUGUCAUAUAAACAUUACAAAUGUCUUUUCUUUUCUGAUUUCUGUCUUUGAUUCAAAUAAAAACCUCAGCUUGUUUGUGAAUGAAUACCUUGUUUUGGGGCUU